AGCUAAUCAGAGACGGCGGGGUGUGCACUUUCGCGUUGUCCCCACCUUCCGGUGCUUGGCAAUUUAGAGUCGCGCGCCCGGCGGGAAUGUAAGAUGGCGGAAUAGCAACGCGAAGUGCUUAGUACUUGUCUCCAGUAGGACUUCGCUUCCAACCUCGGGGCAGCAGCAACAGUCACUGAGCGCAAAGCACCCAGGGUAGCUGGCCAAAAUGCCGAAUAUCAAAAUCUUCAGCGGCAGCUCCCACCAGGAUUUAUCUCAGAAAAUUGCUGAUCGCCUGGGCCUGGAGCUAGGCAAGGUGGUGACUAAGAAAUUUAGCAACCAGGAGACCUGCGUGGAAAUCGGUGAGAGUGUGCGUGGAGAAGAUGUCUACAUCGUUCAGAGUGGCUGUGGAGAAAUCAACGACAAUCUCAUGGAGCUGUUGAUCAUGAUUAAUGCCUGCAAAAUUGCUUCAGCCAGUCGGGUCACUGCAGUCAUCCCCUGUUUCCCCUAUGCCCGGCAGGAUAAGAAGGAUAAGAGCCGGGCUCCAAUCUCAGCCAAGCUUGUUGCAAAUAUGCUGUCUGUAGCAGGUGCAGAUCAUAUCAUCACCAUGGAUCUACAUGCCUCUCAAAUUCAGGGCUUUUUUGAUAUCCCAGUGGACAAUUUGUAUGCCGAGCCAGCUGUCCUGAAGUGGAUAAAGGAGAAUAUCUCUGAGUGGAGGAACUGCACAAUUGUCUCCCCCGAUGCAGGUGGAGCUAAGAGAGUGACCUCCAUUGCAGACCGGUUGAAUGUGGACUUUGCCUUGAUUCAUAAAGAACGGAAGAAAGCUAAUGAAGUGGACCGCAUGGUGCUCGUGGGAGAUGUGAAGGAUCGAGUGGCCAUCCUUGUGGACGACAUGGCUGACACGUGUGGCACAAUCUGUCAUGCAGCUGACAAACUUCUCUCAGCUGGAGCCACCAGAGUUUAUGCUAUCUUGACGCACGGAAUUUUUUCUGGCCCAGCCAUCUCUCGCAUCAACAAUGCAUGCUUUGAAGCAGUAGUGGUCACCAAUACCAUACCUCAAGAGGAUAAGAUGAAGCAUUGCUCCAAAAUACAGGUGAUUGACAUUUCCAUGAUCCUUGCAGAAGCCAUCAGGAGAACACACAACGGGGAAUCGGUUUCCUACCUUUUCAGCCAUGUCCCUUUGUAACAAUCACUUCAGAGGCUUUGGAAAAAGAAACAUCACCCCGCCCUUUGUUUUUCCCUUGGUAUUUGACAAAAACUUCUGCAGAAGACCCAGCUUGCUCCAGUGUAGCUUUCCGCAUCCCACACCCGGUAUUUUACAGUUUAUCCUAAUUUGGGGAGAGACAGCUUAAAAUUGCUGGCAUCUCCAACCUGCAUUGUCUCAUUCUGGCUUCCUUGUUGAUUUGGGGAGCCUUGCAGCUUUAACUCUAGCUCAGCUACUACAAGUGUUCCAGCUUGGAGGGUGUCAUGUGGAGCUGUUUGAAGGUGACUGGGGAAGCUUAGAUUGCUUUGCAUGUGAAUACUUCAGGGGUUUUGGGUGUUGUUCAGAACAACUAGCAACCAAGUCAAC